CAUCAUUAGGAGCUUCCAUCCCUUAGGUUGGCAAGUGUUUAAGCAGCAGCCACUUGCGCAUUCCAAUAAAGGGCAGGGAGCAAGGGAGGCGUUGGGGCUGGGGAUCUGGGUGAGAGAGAAGUCGGGAGCCCAUCCUAGGAGCCCUGAGUCAGCGGGACAGUGGGGCGCAGUUGAUUCACAUAAAGCCUCACAUUGUUCCCUGGGGCAGUUGGAACAGUAGUGACCUUUGCAAUUUGGCUGACAGAACUGGGGGCUCAGGGGGCCGCUGCUCAUGGCUGGUGGCUGCGCUAAUACCCCCUUAACAAGAAGCUUUUGUCCCAGGACUAGCCCUGAGGGUAUACAGGUGCCCCUAAUGGGGCCAGCCUAAGUCCCAGGGCACCGGUCUGGGAAUGGGCUUGGCCUGGCUUUGGGUUGACUCCGUUCACCCCUGUUCCUGCUCAGGGGGACUGGGCAGAGUCGCCAAGGUGCUCCCGUGUCUGCCACGGGGCCGCCAGCAUGGGGUUAGGAGAGUGCUGGUUCCUGGCUGCCUCUCUUCAUGACCACAGCCCCACGAACCUGGCCCCUUCUCUAGCCAUGAAGCAGCUCCAGCCAGGAGCAGAGGGAUAAAUAUUUAGAUUGGCUCGGCCCGGGCCUCAGAAUCAUGCGCUUUUUGCUGGGAGAGGAAGGGGACAAAGAUGGCAGGGCACAUUCCCAGGGACAGUGCUGGCUGUCCGGGAGCAGGGAGCAGUGGGGGAUGUGGUGCUCGGCGAGAACCCUAGAGAAGGCCCCCCGCCUGGGUGUCCCAGAGGGCAGUGAGGGGCGGGGCGGCUCCCCACCCCGGCCCCCUUAGUUUUGGGCACCCCAUGCUGGAGGGCUGGGCUGAGAGAGCAGGCGGGCUCUCGGGAGGAGGGGGCUGAGUGGGACAGCAGUGUGAGGACCUUGUUCGACGUGGCUGAGAGGGUGUAUGAGGGAGUGGGUGAAGCUUGGAGAAAGGGGUGACGUGGAGGCUCCACGGGGGACACCGAGGGAGGCAGCGUGCUCCAUGAGCAACCGUGGGGGCCGGGGAGAGACGGGAGCAGCUGUGUGUGAAAGAGAUUGUUCGGGAAGCAGCAAGCGCGCCAGGAAGAUGAUAGACGUGUGCCCUGUGAAUGGGGGAAAGCAGGAUGUGAAGAUCUUCCGAGCCUUGAUCCUGGGGGAACUGGAGAAGGGGCAGAGUCAGUUCCAGGCGCUCUGCUUUGUCACCCGGCUGCACCACAAUGAGAUCAUCCCCAGUGAGGCCAUGGCCAAGCUUCGACAGAAGAACCCACGGGCGGUGAGGCAGGCGGAGGAGGUGCGGGGCCCGGAGCACUUGCACAUGGACGUCGCCGUCAACUUCAGCCAGGGGGGCCUGCUGAGUCCCCAUCUCCGCAAUGUGUGUGCCGAGGCCGCUGAUAGCAUCUACACCCGCCAGGAGGACGUCCGGUUCUGGCUGGAGCAAGGUGUGGACAGCUCCGUGUUUGAGGCUCUGCCCGGGGCCUCGGAGCCGCCGCGCUGCGGGCAGGUGGUGGACGGCGGGAAGCCGUGCGUCUGUCGCUACGGCCUGAGCCUGGCCUGGUACCCCUGCCUGCUCAAAUAUUGCCACAGCCACGACCGGCCAGCCCCCUACAAGUGCGGCAUCCGCAGCUGCCAGAAGAGCUACACUUUCGACUUCUAUGUGCCCCAGAAGCAGCUGUGUCUCUGGGACGAGGAGCCCUAGCGGGGGCGGGGGCGCCGGGGGUGGUCCCCGACGUAGCUGCUCCGGGUCCACCGCGCUUCCCCCAGCCUCCAGAGGGGGUGGCAGCACCCCCUCCCCCACUGAGGCCUUAUUGCCCUUCUCCCUUCUUCCCCGGAGCCUCUGGCCCCAUCAUGCUAGACUGUGAACAGGGGUGUGGCACGGCAGGGGUUAACUCGUGAAGGCAGCCCCCGCUCCCAGCCCGUGCCUCCCCUGGGGACAGAGGGAAGGGGGCUCUCCAGAUUUGCCCUCCUCCCCUUAGUCUCCCCUGAAGUGUUCUCUUUCAAGCAACCAAAAUGUGAUGGCCCGCAGUUCUACUUAACUCUUUGAAGGCUUAGACCCUAGAAGGUGUCUAUGCCUGGGAUGCCGACCUCCCCCCGCCCCCACACCACCCCACCCCCCGACUCGCCCGUCUGGUAGGAGCCGGCCCCUCUGCACCAUCGAAUGCCCAACACCGAGGGGACCCCUGCCCCAGAGAGGGGGCUGUCGGGGACGUUGCCAUAGCCCCUACAACCAGAUCACAGCGCAUUCUUGUCAUCGCUGGCUCCAGCGCUGGGGCAGGUGAGGACCUCCCAGCCCUGAGACGAAACCAUGCGUGCCUUUCCCCAGACCCAGACUCUGUCCCCCAGACCCAGACCCUGUCGAGACAGCGGGCACCAGCGUGCCCCCCCAGACGGAAAUAUUUUUGUAAGGCUCUGGGGCAGGGAGGGAGCAUGAAGUAUGAGGAAAACUUGAAUUCCAGAUUUUUAAUGCAAAGUAUUUAUCAUUUGUACCAGAAAUAAAAGUUUAAAUUUUUAUUUGA